AUGGGAUCUAAUGAUAUUGCACCAAGACUCCUAACUCAGUUGGUAGACCAGCAAGCAAAACGACAGCCUGACUGUUUAUAUUGUGUUCACCCAGCCUCCCAAGAUGCCGAGUGCGAAUGGCGUCCGAUCACGUACCAGCACUUGUCGUAUGCUGUGGACCGCGUAGCCUGGUGGAUUGAGGCGAAGCUCCAGGAGAAAGAGAAACAGGUCCUUGCAUACAUCGGGACAAAUGAUCUGCGAUACUGUGCUUUUGCGCUAGCGUGUAUGAAAACAGGUCAUGUCGCACUACUCCUUUCCACACGCAACUCGCAGCCUGCCUUCCGCCAUCUGAUCUCAGAGACAAGUUGUUCAGUGCUCAUUGAUGGCAGCGAACGAGCUCAAUUACAGAAGAUCAUUGACGAGGUCGAGGAAAGUUGCUCGGAUCUUGGACUUGAGCGAUGGCGGAUGGCACCAUUCUGGGACAUUUUCGCAUCGUCUCCUGUCCCAGAAUAUCCUCACCCGGACAGCUACAAUGACAUUGAAGACCGUCCAACUUUGAUAAUCCAUAGCUCAGGGACCACCGGGAUGCCCAAGCCCAUCACUUUGACACACGGGUAUCUGGCAACUCUGGACCAGAUGCAGACCCUCCCCGUGCCUCCGGGUCGGAAGCCCGCCCAGAGCGCUCUGCGGAACAUGGGCAAGAUGCGAUUUCUUCACGGGCCCAUGUUUCAUAUCAUGGGAUUGCUCUGUCUAGCUGAGUGCAUCUUUUAUGAAACCCCUUUCCUGUUGGCUCCCGAUCGGCCUCUCACUCCUGAACUGUUCUCCCGCAUCAUGUCCGCCCCCGUUCCACCUCGAUGGGGUCUACUCAGCCCGUUUCUCCUGCAAGAUCUCUGGUCUUCUGAGCAAGGACGACUAGCCUUGCUGCAACUACAGGAUAUGAACUAUGGCGGGGCGCCUCUCGACAGCGCGACCGGCGAUGCGAUCGCUACUCAGCUCCGACUGCAGACUCUGAUAGGCAGUAGCGAGACUGGGUACACGGCGACACUUCUCUGCGAAGAUCCCGCAGACUGGGAAUUUUUCGAAUGGAAUCCAUCCUUCGACCACCGCAUGGAGGAAGCCGGUGAGGGUCUGUGGCAGCUGGUACUCCCUCGCCCUCCUUCCCGCCGAUAUCACGGCGUCUUCCACAGCUUCCCGCAUCUGACCGAGUAUCACACUGGAGAUCUUUUCGAACCUCACCCUUCCAAGCCCAAUCUUUGGCGGGCCAAGGGGCGAGCAGACGAUGUCAUUGUGCUCAGCAACGGCGAGAAGCUGAAUCCCGUAGACGCCGAACGCCAGUUGGAAACCCACCCUCUUGUCCAUCGGGCGGCCAUCUUCGGUCAGGAGCGGUUCCAGGUGGCCUUGAUACUAGAGCCUAACUGGGACAGCCUGCCGGAGACUUGGACCCAGGAGUCACUUUUGCGUGACUUGGAGCCCCUGCUCGACGAAGCCAAUGGCUUGUUGCCGGCUCAUGGACAGGUCCAUCGCACCCACAUCGCACUUGCAUCGCCCGAUCGACCGUUUGUACUGGCACCAAAGGGUAUAAUACGCCGGCGAGAAACCGGCCAACUUUACAAGGAUAUCAUUGAUGCUUUGUAUAACCCUACUCCAGAGCACGACAACACCGGAGAUAAUCUGGACGCGCUGCCGGACGCGAGUCAUGAAGAGCUGCAGCAGUGGGCGCAACGCCUUGUGGCGAAGAUAUCAGGGGUCAGUACAAUGGAUCUGGACGCCGACAUCGUCAACUUGGGCAUCGACUCGCUUCAAGUCGUUCAACUCGUACAAGUACUACAGGACGCUACCAAUCAAAUCCGACCGUCUCAACAGCCGGAAUUCUCCUGGACCAGCGCAGCUGUUUAUGAGCGUGCAACAGUGCGGCGGCUUGCCGACGCGCUGUACAUACACAAAACACAGAGCUCUGCAGCGGAUACCGCGGAGGGCCAGUCACCCACGUCAGCAACCUGGCCGCGUGAGCAUAUGCUAACCCGUGCGGUCUGGCAGCAGGCGCAGAGAUUGCAGCUCCGUGGGAAGACUGUGCUGUUGACUGGAUCCACGGGGGAGCUGGGCAGCUACCUCCUGCAUGAACUGCUGCAGGAUCCGACUGUCAUGCAGAUCUUUUGCCUCAACCGAACUGCGGAUGCCCAAGCUCGACAGCUGGCCCAAUUCCGAGGGAAGGACCUCGCAGACGGCUGGCUGCAGGAAACCUCCCGCGUACAUUUCUGGCAAGCCGACUUGAGCCAAGAGAAUCUUGGUUUGACAUCCGAUGCAUACCACCACCUGCACGAGCAGGUCGACGUGGUCGUGCAUAAUGCAUGGAUGGUGAACUUUAACCUGCCCCUUUCGAGCUUCGAGACCCAGUUGGAGGGGACUCGGCGCCUGCUGGCCUUGAUUGAGGGCUCGACCCGCCAGGCGGCCCUUCAUUUUGUUUCCUCGAUUGCCGCCAUCAGUGGUUGCAGCUCGGAUGCGCCGGUCACGGCCAGUCAUAUCACCGAAGCGCUGCAUGACUCGUCCCUAGUCCUCACCCAAGGCUAUGCGGAGUCGAAGUUUGCGGCCGAGGUUCUCUGCGACCUGUUCGCACAGGAGCGCCCGAACACGAUCGCCAUUCAUCGAGUAGGUCAAUUGGCAGGCCCUUCGCAUGCACAGGCGGGCAUGUGGACCUCCCGGGACUGGCUCCCUGCCCUGAUCCGGACCUCCCACACGAUGGGAGAGCUGCCCGACAGCUUGGGUUCGAUUCCCGUGGAUUGGGUUCCGAUUGAUAUUGCUGCACGAAGUAUCACCCAGAUCACCCUCGCGCGAAGUGGCGUCGACCCAUUGUGUUCGCCCCCUGCGCGCCGUGCAGAGGUCUACCACAUCGUCAACCCACAUAUCAGCGCCUGGGAGCCACUGGCCCGAGUAGUCAGUCGUGCCUGCGAUGCCAAGAUCAUCCCACUCAGAGACUGGAUCCAGCGCUUGGAACGACGGCUGUCGGACCCAAACCUGGAUCAGACCACCUUGAAAGGCUUGCCUGCGGCAUCUCUCAUGGACUUCUUCACCGUGCUGGCAAACUCUCGGGGCUGGGUAAGGCCUGUUGCGGAUACUAGCAAUGCGCAGAGGUACAGUGCGGCUUUACGCGGGCUGGGACCGGUGGAUGCUUGUUUGAUGGAUGUGUGGCUGCGACAGUGGAGGGGCUGGAUCCCGGGGUUGCACAUUUAG